UUGAUAAUCUUGAAAGAUAGAUUAACUAGUAGAAUAGGACCAUUUUAGACAAAGCAACAGGAAAUAUCUCAUUUGGGUUUGCGGCCCAUAUAGCAAUUGAGAAUUAGUGGUGCUGUUUAAGAGUUACUCCAUUAGUUAGCCAAAAACCCAUUUCCCGGGUAAAACCAAACAGAAAAUAACGAUCAUCAUCAUUCCCAAGAAAAGAAAAGACAUGAACUUCUAUCCACAAAAAACAACUCAUCUUCAACUCAAAUAAUCUUUAAAAAUUGUUAGAGAAAUUGUUGUCAUAAUAGUUAUGGCUGAUUCUUUAUGCAAGUUCUUGGAUGCUCGGUGUAUAACAGGUUCUCAAUUCUUGGCCACCUAUUUUUCUGCCCAAAAACCCCUCCUUUUCCCAACUCUUGUCAGAAGAAAAAGAAGAAGAAAAUCACUUCACAUUGCUUUCUGCUCCACAUCCAUUUCCCCAAAUCUUGAUGUCGUCUCUACCCAUGAGCAUUCUGAUGGCACUUUACUGUUUCGGUUUGGGGACCCAAGCGAGAUAGAGAAAGAGGAUGAAUUGGAGGAACCCCUUUUGGGGGUUGAAGAGGUUGGAAGGGAUAGUGAGGAGGAGUUUAGUGUGGUGAAGGUUUUAGAUGGUGAUAAUGAGAGAGAAGUCAUUGUCAAGAAAGUAGAGAGGGAAGCCAGGGGUGAGGCUGUGACUGUGGUAACUGAUGCUGGUGUCUCUGAAUCAGUAGUAAUUGGCAAUGGAAGGAGUGAUUUUGUCGAAGUAGAGACUGGAUUGAGUGAAAAAUUUCUUGGAGAUUCCGCAGAUGAAAUUGGUUUGAUUUCACCUGAAGGAAUUCAAAAUGAAUCUGUAGCUGAAGUCGGUAUUGAGAAUGCAGGACAUGUUGAGGAGAUUUUCGAAAAGAAAGAUGAUAGUGAAGCUUCAGUUCCACCACCACCAGAGAAUUCUAUUCCUUCUUUGGAAGUUGAGGAAAAAAUGAUGGGUCAAUCAAGUGAUGAAUCGUUUGAAGAAUUGGAUGAUGACAAUUCACUUCUUUUAAGUUCACCUGCAGCAAUGCCUGUUUAUUCUGAUUCGGUAAACACUAAGGAAAUUGAAGAAUCUGAGGGAGAAGGUUCAAGUCAAUUUACAGAGAAUGAUGGUGGCAAGGAUUGCUGUGAUGAUUCAACUCAUUCGAUGGAAAAUGGUGCUGCUUCAGUUGAUAUUGAGGCAGUGAACAAUGAUAUUGAGAUUGUCCAACACACAGAACAAAUAUCUGAAAAUAUUGAUCCUAUAUUGGAAGGGCCCGUGGAGAGUGUUCCAGAAGGAAUUAAUCUGGGGAAUACUGAAACUGUUGCUGACGAAAUUAGUCCAGAGAAUGCUCCCGAGGGAAUUAAUCUGGGGAAUACUGAAACUGUUGUUGACGAAAUUAGUCCAGAGAAUGCUCCCGAGGGAAUUAAUCUGGGGAAUACUGAAACUGUUGUUGACGAAAUUAGUCCAGAGAAUGCUCCCGAGGGAAUUAAUCUGGGGAAUACUGAAACUGUUGUUGACAAAAUUAGUUCAGACAAUGCUCCUGAGGGAAUUGAUCCAGGGAAUACUGAAACUGUUGUUGACGAAAUUAGUUCAGACAAUGCUCCUGAGGGAAAUGAUCAGGGGAAUAGUGAAACUGUUGUUGACGAAAUUAGUCUAGAGAAUUCUCCCGAGGGAAUUAAUCUGGGGAAUACUGAAACUGUUGUUGACGAAAUUAGUCCAGAGAAUGCUCCCGAGGGAAUUAAUCUGGGGAAUACUGAAACUGUUGUUGACGAAAUUAGUCCAGAGAAUGCUCCCGAGGGAAUUAAUCUGGGGAAUACUGAAACUGUUGUUGACGAAAUUAGUCCAGAGAAUGCUCCCGAGGGAAUUAAUCUGGGGAAUACUGAAACUGUUGUUGACGAAAUUAGUCCAGAGAAUGCUCCCGAGGGAAUUAAUCUGGGGAAUACUGAAACUGUUGUUGACGAAAUUAGUCCAGAGAAUGUUGAUAUUAGGCAUUUGUCUAUGGAUGCUGAAGACCAGAGUAUUGAAGUCCUUAAUUUUGAAAAUGAUGAUCAAACCGAGCUGAGUAAUUUGUCUGUAGAUACAGAAGAUCAGGCUUCCCGAAAUAGUACCUUCAAGGAUAGUGAUGAGACUGAUGUGAUUGAAGUAAUGCCUGAUUCUCCUAAGCUGGAGGCUGAACCAGUUUUUGAUGAGGAAGUUGAUCACAACCUAAUAUCAGAGUCUAAUGAAAGUGAAAGUCUAUUACCGUCAGAUGAAAAUUUGCCUAGCUUAUCCUUGGAAGAAGAAAGAAAAGAAGAUGUAGAAAACACUGAGAUCAUGGAAGUGUAUGAUCAUGAAGUGGUUGAGGAUAAAUAUUCAGAAGUCUUAGACAGCAGCAAGGAAGCUACACCAGCAGCAGCCGAACUAAUUCUGUCUUCUGGUGCUACUUUACUGCAAUAUCCCUCCAAGGCAUUCGCAGGUGGACAUGAAGCAUAUUUUAUUGCUUGUGGGAAGUGGCUAGGGGUAGCCGAUGCAGUUGGUUCCUGGUCAUUGGAAGGGAGUGAUCCAGGAGUAUAUGCCCAGGAACUCAUGCAAAAUAGUGAAUCCAUUGUUUCUCAGUGCGACACGGAUUCAAUAAAUGACCCUAAGCAAGUCCUUAAUCUGAGCGUCUCAAAAACAGAUUCCCCUGGAUCUUCAACAGUCUUGAUUGCUCACUUUGAUGGAAAGGUUCUUCAUGUGGCUAAUAUUGGCGACUCUGGAUUUAUCAUAGUAAGGAAUGGCAGUGUUUAUAGGAAGUCAUCACCCAUGCUUCAUGAAUUCAAUUUGCCUAUACAAAUUGAGAAAGGCGAUGAUCCAUCUCAACUUCUGGAGGAAUACAAGAUAGAGUUAGAUGAGGGGGACAUCAUUGUCACUGCAACGGAUGCACUUUUUGACAACUUAUAUGAUCAAGAAAUAGUGUCAAUCGUCUCAAGGUCACUGGAAGCUGACAAAAGUCCUCAGGAAAUCGCGGAGAUUUUGGCAACAAGAGUGCAACAAGUGGGUAGUUCUGCUUCGGGGAGAAGUCCAUUUGCUGAUGCAGCUCAAGCAGCCGGAUAUGUUGGGUAUACUGGUGGCAAGCGCGAUGAUGUGGCUGUCAUUGUAUCAGUAGUUCAAAAGAGUAACUGUAACAUCUAUGUUGAUGGGGUUCAGUUGCUUCAUUGAAAUGUAAAUUUAUGGCAUCUGAUUCCUAUGCCUACACCAUCCAUGUCUGCUCUCGAAUGAUUCUAAUCAUCUGUCUUAACGAGACCCUUCCCAUUCUUUUUUAUAACUAUGGUGUCUAAGCCA